AUGGAACACGUGCAUUUAGCAGCUGAGGAUGAAGAUGACCUGUAUUCAGGUUACAAUGACUACAACCCGACAUUUGAUGCAGAGGAGUUGGACAAUGAUGCAGGCUUCCAGCAGGCGGUCAGGACUAGUCACGGAAGACGCCCCCCUAUGACUGCUAAGUUCCCGGGUACUGCUGUUGGAGGACGCGCUCUUGGGACCUCUUUUGGUUCUCGUGUUCCUUUGAGUUCAUCGAUGGGCAGACCUAUGACUGGUGCAGUGCAAGAUGGGGCAGCUCGUCCCAUGACCGCAGUGCGAGCUGCUGGUUACUCCUCAGCUGUGGCCAGAGGUUCAACAUUUGAUCCUUUGGGUCAAUCUAAAGGACCAGCCCCACCGCUAGAGGCAAAAAAUGAAGACACUCCGGAGGAGAAGAUCAAGAUCAUGGAGAAGAAGGUGAAUGACCUGAUAGAGGAGAGCUGUCUGGCCCACAGCAGAGGGGACCUGCAGCUAGCUCUAGACAAAGCCAAAGAGGCUGGUAGGAAAGAGAGGGCGCUGGUGAGACAGAGAGAGCAGACGGGCACGGCAGACGCCAUCAAUCUGGACCUGAGCUACUCUGUUCUGUUUAAUUUAGCGAACCAGUAUGAUAACAACGGCAUGUACCCAGAGGCCCUGAACACAUACCAGGUCAUUGUGAAGAACAAGAUGUUCACUAAUGCAGGGAGGUUGAAAGUAAACAUGGCUAACAUCUACUUCAAACAAAAGAACUACGCGAAGGCAAUUAAGUUUUACCGCAUGGCUUUGGACCAGAUCUCAAAUGUUCACAAAGAAAUGAGGAUCAAAAUAAUGCAGAAUAUCGGCGUGGCGUUCAUUCGCAUGGGCCAGUACUCAGAUGCCAUCACCUCCUUUGAGCACAUCAUGAGUGAGAGCCCCAACCUGAAAACCGGUUUUAACCUGAUCCUCUGCUACUACGCCAUUGGGGAUCGUGAGAGGAUGAAGAGAUCUUUCCAGAAACUCAUCUCUGUGCCGCUUGGCAUUGACGAAGAGGACAAGUACAUCCCAGCAAAUGAUGAUCCUCAUACCAACAUGGUGAUUGAAGCCAUUAAAAACGAUCAGCUUCAUCAGAUGGAGAGGGAGAGAAAAGCUUUGGCAGAGAAGUUCAUAAUGACAGCAGCAAAGCUUAUUGCACCAGUCAUCGAGUCCUCGUUUGCCGUUGGGUUUGACUGGUGUGUGGACAUGGUGAAGAGCUCGGUGUACGUAGAGCUGGCUAACGAUUUAGAGCUGAGUAAAGCCAUCACCUACCUGAGACAAAGGGACUUCAACCAGGCAGCAGAGACGCUGAAGACCUUUGAGAAGAAAGACAGCCGGGUGAAAAGCGCUGCUGCCACCAACCUUUCCUUUCUCUAUUUUUUGGAGAAGGACCACGACCAGGCCGACCACUACGCUAAUUUGGCCAUGAACGCCGACCACUACAAUCCCGCAGCCCUCGUCAACAAGGGCAACGUCAUAUUUGUGCGGGAAGACUACGUGAAAGCGGCUGAGUUUUACAAGGAAGCUUUGAGGAAUGACUCGUCGUGCACUGAAGGCCUGUACAACUUAGGGCUGGCCUAUAAGAGACUGGGACGACUGGAGGACGCCCUGGACUGUUUCCUCAAACUACACGCCAUCCUCAGAAACAGUUCUCAGGUCAUGUACCAAAUCGCCAACCUAUAUGAGAUGCUGGAGGAUCCUCAUCAGGCUACUGAGUGGCUGAUGCAGCUGAUCAGUAUCACACCCACUGACCCGCACAUACUGGCCAAACUGGGAGAACUGUACGACAAUGAGGGCGACAAGUCUCAGGCCUUCCAGUACUACUCCGAGUCUUACAGAUAUUUCCCUUCAAACAUUGAAGUUAUCGAGUGGUUGGCAGCCUACUACAUUGACACCGAGUUCUGUGAGAAGGCAAUUAAGUACUUUGAGAGAGCUACACUCAUUCAGCCUACACAGGUGAAGUGGCAUCUUAUGGUUGCUAGCUGCUACAGGAGAAGUGGAAAUUAUCAGAAAGCCCUUGAGACCUACAAGGAAACUCAUCGCAGAUUCCCAGAAAAUGUGGAAUGCCUGCGUUUCCUGGUCAGACUCAGCACGGACAUGGGCUUAAAGGACGCACAGGACUAUGCCACCAAACUCAAGAAAGUGGAGAAGAUGAAAGAAAUCAGAGAGCAGAGAGUGAAAUCGGGGAGGGAGAGCAGUGCUCGUACCCGUAGAGAAGGCAGUGCCGGCAGCGACAGCGGACAGAGCAGCCACGGAACCAGCGCCAAGGGCGAGCGACAGGGCAUCAAGCUGAGGGCGCUGCCGGGGUCCAGCGAACCUUACGAAGCAAGUCCUCAGCGGGAUAUAGAUGCUUCCUAUGUGGAUCCUUUGGGACCUCAGCUGGAGAGACCAAAGACUGCAGCAAAGAAACAUACUGAAGAAGAUGAAUUUGCAGAUGAAGAAUAUAUGAAUGACCUACUACCGUAA